AUGGCGUCCCCUAGAGGCCAGACCUGGGAACACGCUCCAGCUCCGAAGACUAUCGUAGAGGGCCUUAUCAGAGUUGCGACCGCAUGGGCGAAGGGGAAGAUACCAGGUCCGGUCCGGCAACGACACUGUCUCAAGUCCAGAAGUCCGGGCGAUAUGGACUGUCUGUAUUGCCUCUCGUGCAAGUUCAUCAGUAGCCCAGGGCUUUCCCUUCACCUUUACUACCAGCCGACAUCGUUGUCAUCCAUCUUCCCGCCAGGAGAGCUUCCCACGGCAGCAUCGUCACGAUCUGCUCCAUUUCUCCAACCGUCGACUCAUCAGCUAGCAAGACCCCUCUCGACCUCAGACAAUCGACCUAUACUGCAACUCUUGUUCUCCUCGACUCAGAGGAUACUCUCUGCAGAAGUGAAAACGUCGUCGUCAACCAUGUGGGAUCGUUUCGAUAACGAAAUCGUUAUCGAAACAGGCAUAAGCUCUUCGAGCACCGAGCGUGGUGGGCACGCCUUACUCCUUUCCUUGUCGCACGAGCGCCAGAAGACAGACCACCCCGUCAUCAUCUACGGCACCCCCAUUUCGAGCGCAAUCUCUCUGUCGAGACGUGAGCUCUCCGAGGGUCAGACAUCGUGGCCUGACGCUCCAGCGCCUAUCCUCGCUGUUGAAGCCCUCAUCACCAGCACCCUGUCGACAUCGUCAUCACCCAUGCUGCUUCGUAUCGGUGACCCUUCGAUCUAUGCGAUGCAAAGGCUUUACGAUACGAUUUCCUGCUUCGUCAUCAUCCAUGUAGUAUCGUUUCGAUAA